UCACAUAAUCACUAGGUUUCAAAAGAUAAUAAUCACAAAUUUGCAAUUCUUCACAUAUUAUGUGUAGGUAUCUUUAGACUGGGGUACUGAUUGCCUUUGUUUUGUUGAAAUUAAUUAGGUAGUUAUCUGUUUAUACCUACUGCGAUUAAAUGACAUCCGCCAGAUAAUGUUGCAACUUUGUAUUCAUCGCAAGGAGGAUUCGAGUAGAUUUUAAAUGAAUUAGCGACGUCAGCAAACCACACCAAUUGUUAUGAGUUUUCCAUGGCAAAUAAAAUAGCACAUUCAGCAUAUUUAAACCGAUUACCGCAUAAGAACACAUAUAUAACAAAACAAUACAGUCUUCCAUUGUUAUGGCGUUGCCAGGAACAUAUAGGGUCUAAACUAUACUAUUUGACAUUCAUCUUCAUUAUUAGACCGAAAAUCAUAUUCGUUAAAACAAAUCAAGUACUAAACAUAUCUAAAGACAUUUCGUUCGCGGUACAACGGUCAACGGUGGAAUGGUGGUGCAUUUUCUGAAGAAGAAGCCUACCCAGCAAACACAGGAAUGGAUUUCUUCAAUUAUGCGUCUUCCUAUCAAAAUGUGUCUCCUUAUAAUUAUCGGAUGCCUAGUGGUAUUGUAUCAGUACCACCUGACAAGAUCGUGGGUAUUACCACAGCAACAUUCCGACAUUCAAGAAAUGUACAAUAUAAAGGGAUUAGAUGGAAAUAAAAUACUCGAUUCCAAAGACAGUGACGCAAAUAAUAACUGUUGUUCAAUGAUGCCGCCGUAUUUACGAAAAGAUAUCAAUGUACCUCCAUUGUAUAUAAUUACUCCUACAUAUAAAAGGGCCGAGCAACUGGCAGAAUUAACCCGAUUUGCUCAUACUUUGAUGCUGGUUCCAAAUGUUUCUUGGCUUGUGAUUGAAGAUGCCUUUGAAAAAUCACCCCUAGUAGCUAAGUUACUAGACAAAACUGGUCUUCGUUAUGAACAUCUUACAGCUCCGAUGCCAGAAGAAUACAAAAACAAGAAAAGUGGUCCUAAGCCUAGAGGGGUGUCCAAUAGAAAUAAAGGUAUUCAAUGGGUAAGAGCCAAUGCAGUCGAUGGGGUUUUGUAUUUUGCUGAUGAUGAUAACACUUACGAUUUGGAAUUAUUUCACGAGAUCCGUUACACUAAACGCGUUUCUAUGUUUCCUGUUGGAUUAGUAACAAAAUUAGGAGUUAGUUCACCUAUUGUAAAGAAUGGAAUUUUUUCGGGUUUUUAUGAUGGUUGGAUAGCGGGUCGCAAAUUUCCAGUGGAUAUGGCGGGUUUCGCUAUAUCCGUAAAAUUUUUGUUGCAACGCCCUAAUGCAACAAUGCCGUACAAGCCAGGAUACGAAGAGGAUGGAUUCUUAAAAAGCUUAACACCUUUUGAACCAAAGGAGAUCGAAUUAUUAGCGUCAAACUGCUCUAAGAUACUAGUAUGGCAUACUCAAACUAAACGAAACGAUCCGUCAACUACCUUGGACUUAACCAAAUACGGAAGCACAAACAUAGAGAUACUAAAGAAGAGUAUUAUGUAGAUGAAUUGCAAUGAAGGGAACUUUCAAAAUGGAAUACCAGAGUAAAGCAGCUGAUUGAACAAGAUCCGACUGAAUAAUUAUAAGUAUACCUACUUGAAUUACGACGAUAAAGUUCGAGCCAAACACGAAAUGAAUAUAUUUUAGAUUCAUUAUAAACUUGAAUGAUUGUACCUACGUAUAUAGGUACAUCAGAAGUAUAACAGCCUUGCUGAAUGUAUUCAUUAAUAUUCAUAAAGGCAUCUUCACAACAAAACUUAACCAUUCAAACACUUUUGAGUUCUGUUUUGUUAGAGAAUGAUACAGUAUAAACUAAAUAUUUUGUUAUAAGCAAUUUUUUUUAUUUAAAAUUUAUUUAAAAACUAUUACUAUUUGAAAAACAUAGGUAUUAAUCCAUGGUAUAUUUUCAUGGCAUUUGUGAUAAACAUCGUAAAUAGUAGUUUUUAUAAUACCAACUAUUCAAAAAGUUUAAAAAUGGCAGCUUUUCACACUUCCUAAAUUCCAAUAUUCCCUUUUAUUGCGUUUUCGCAUUAAAUUAGUUUUAACUCUUAUAAUUAACGUAUGUUAACAAUCUUUUCAAAGCAAAUCCCUAGAGGGGCACCUACUGCUCAUUGUAUAGGUUUAUACUAUUUCAUCAAAGAAUAAAACUAUAAAAUCUCGAUAUUGUACCCUUAACAUAAUCAAAAUGAAUAUCUACAUCAUAUGCUUCAGUUUUUUUGUGUCUUUGGCAUGAACUUUCUUCUAAAGAAGCGGUGCUUCAAGUUGUGAUUUUUACGUAGUUUCAUAUUAUGACAAUUUUUUGACAUAUCAAAAGUUAGUUACACUUAUAUACUUUAUAUUUUGUUAUUGAAUUCUUUCGUAAACCAUGUGCUAGGCAUGUACUUAAUUCAGUAUGAUGUUAUCAGCGACUAUAUGAAUCGAUGAGGAAAGAGUAGUGGAUUCCUAUUAGUUAUAGGUAAAUUUUUGGUUUAAUUUUUGAGUUUUAUAAACUUAGUAGUAAAUUUUCAAUACUACUCCUUUCUCGUCCUUAUUUAUACAUAGGAACAAAUUGUAGCAUAGUUUAUUUUAGAUAGGUAAACCAUAAGGCAAUAUUGUUUUCAUUCUCAGGAAUUUGCGGUUAAGCACAUUCGCAAUAUUUAUUUAAUAAAUAGUUACAAAACCAUU